AUGGCACCCCAAUUGGCUAGCACCACCUUACCACUAUGGGAUUUUGCGUUUACGAGGGUUGGCACGUCGGAAACGCAAUACAUUCGUACCAUUGACAAUUUGAUGGCAUCGCGCAUCAGCUUAAAAUUGCAGCUGCAGGGCAUCCACUUUACCAACGCAAAUCCAUCACUGCUCCACGGCGGCGGUCAUGGUUAUGGUACUUACAAUGGUGGCAGCGGCAUUGGCAAUAGUUAUGGCCUCAACUCGGUGCAUAGCGCCGGUGGUGGCAGCAACAUUGGUAAUGGUGGUAAUAAUGUUGGCAGUCUGAUUUUGCGUUGUACAGCACAAAUUGGUGAUUUGUAUCAGGAGUAUAAGGAAAUUGAACUGGGCACACCGCAAAAGGAUCCGGUGCCGGCGAGAGUUACUCUCUCUUCCGGCUCCAGCAUGACCAAUUUUUUCAGCUCCUACUUUUCCUCAAGCAGCCGGAGAUAUCCACCACCAACAACCGCUGCUAUGCUACUGAUGGCAAUUGCUAGCAUUAUAGCAACAACACCAGCCGCUACAACAACAAAAAUGGUACUUGCUGUUGUUGAAUUAUGCAUUACAACAUUUGCAUUCUUUAAUCAAAUGUCGGUGUGCGCACACAAAUUUUGCCGCUCAAUUUGUGUGGAGCAACAGCACAAAGAACGAGCACAAAAGCAGAAACAACAACUGAAAUCGUUACAAGUACAACAAAUACCGCAGCAAAGUGAAAAGCUACACCAUGACAAACAAAAUGAAAGCUGGCAUCAUCUGCUGUUGCCCAAUCAAUUGCAGUUGGUGCAAAAUUAUGCGCGACAAGAACAACAAUGCAUGCAUUCCGUUACUUCCUAUUUGGCGGUGAGCGAGCCGAUGUUCGCCAACAGAUAACUUAAAUCAAAUGAAAUGUGUUAAUUGAAUUAAAAGUAAAUAAAUAAAUGAAAUAAAAAACUAAACUAAAAACGAAGUGAGAAGACGAAGGCGAAGAUGAAGAAGAAGAAGCUUAAGUGACGUAAAUAAAUAAUUGAGAAAAAAACUAGGCUAAUUAAUAUAAUAUUAUUGUAUUUUUAUAGUAAUUUUAAGUGAGUCUUAUGUUUUACGUGUAAUUACAACAAAAAGCGCCAUUAAUAGCAAAAACAAAAAAAAAACAAUAAAAAAUGCUGAUAAUUACAUUUAAUGAGAUUAUAAAUGAGCGCAACAGCUGUAAGCUAUCACAAGCAGAGCAGUUAGAGAGAUGGUCGAGAGAGGCGUGAGGUUGGCGCCUGUUUGAGGAGGAGUGCCGCAAAAUUUACAAAACAAACAAAAAAGAAAUAAAAAUAACAAAAAGCGCCGCUAAUUGCUACGGCUCUGCUGAUGGCAUUGAUAUGCGCUAAAUAUUUCAAUAAAAAUUUUCAAAAAAAAUAAAUGUAAUAAAAAGAAUUAAUUAAGCUGUGUUUAAGUUUUUAAGAUACUGCAUUUUUUCACUUUUGAUUGGAAAAUUGAGGUUACGUCAGUAAAAUUUACUAAGCUAUGUACAAGUUGUGAAUAACCCAAGCAAAUAAACAAAUACAACUUAAAAAUAUGCGUACACAUACAUACAUACUUGCAUACCAAUUGAUAGCCUUGAUCGUAAGUCGAAGCAUGUUUGGCCUAAUAAAAUAGGCAAUGCAUUGAAACUGUAAGCAAAUACAAAUUAUUUGUUUCAAUAAAUAUGAACAAACAAAACAAAAUAAUAGAGAAAAUAAAUAAAAAUUAAAUAAAUAAAACAGCGCAGCAAAAACUAUUGAAGGUUUAGAAAACAUAUGUAUGUAUGUGAAAAUAAAUAGAAAAAAGCAAAAUUGUCUUAAGUGCGUGUGUUAGGCAAUGUGGGUGGGUCCGGCGCUAAUAAACAAAAUAUGAAAAUGUUUAAAAGUGGUAACAUAAAAUGCUGUAAUUUAUUUAAAAAUAAAAAAAUUUGAAAACACAGUCGAAACUAGCUCGAGCCGAUUUGCCCGCGCACAUGCAAUUGACAAAGGUAACCUGAAUAAUACGAUGCAAAAUAUGUGUAAUAAAGAAGUAAUAAUUCCAUUAUAAAAAAAUACAGAAAUAAAAUAAUGAAAAAAUAUAUGUU